UAUUUUAGUCGUGUGAUAUCUAGUUUGAAACAACAAGUCUGUUCGCUUUUAUGUUACAGAGGCUUAGCAGGGAAGUCUGUUACUGGGUCUGUUGCAGUUCUGCUGAAAUUCACAGACUGUCUGAUUUUAAAACUAAUUGUUUCUCCGGUUUAUCUGCAGGCUCGUUUGAUCCAGGUGAUGAGUGUGAUUGCAGUCCUGUCUGUGAAUAUGGUGACAGCCAACAUGUUACUGAGUGUCUUCUUUCUUUCAGGUGCUUUGGCUGAUUGUCCUCAAGACACAAAGCUCUUCAUUACUGCACCAAAGAAGAUGGAAGCACUGAGUGGAUCUUGUUUGCAAAUCCCAUGUAACUUUAGUGCUAAAUCAGAACAAGAUUUUAAAAGCAGCAGAGAAACCUUUGGAGUGUGGAUUAAAACUGACCACAGAUUUGGCCUCAAUCCAAACAAUGUGAUUUUCAACAGUAGUAAGACAGUUAACACGUAUCCAAUGAAUAUUACUGGAAACCUGAGUCAGAAAAACUGCACCACUCUGUUUUCCAGUUUAAUCACAAGUACAGACACAUACUACUUCAGAAUUGAGACUAAACCAUUCAGAGCAACAGCUGUUUGUGAUCCUCUUCAAAUAACAGUUAAAGAUUCUCCUCCGAGCCCCAGAAUGGAGAUCCCAGGUGAUCUGAAGGAGAAGCAGUCUGUCAAUAUAACCUGCUCAGCUUUCACUCCCUGUCCACACUCCCCUCCUAAACUCACCUGGAAUCUCCAACAAGACUCUCACAACCAAAUAGAGGAAAACACAGAUGGAACCUUCACAACUAAAAUCCAGGAGAGCAUCACUCUGUCAGACCAACAUGAUGGAUACAACAUCACCUGUUCUGUCAGAUAUCCUGUGAAUGAAGGAAAAGAUAACAAGACAGCAGAGGAGAGAAAGACUCUCAGUGUUUCAUAUGCUCCUAAAGACACCUCAGUGUCCGUCAGUCCAUCAGGUUUGGUGUCAGCAGGUAGCUGGGUGAACCUGACCUGCUCCAGCAGAGCCAAGCCUCCCGUCAGCCGCUUCACCUGGUUCAAGAACAGCAAAGAUGGACCCAUGAAUGUAUCUGAAGGACUGUUUUACAGCUUCACUGUGACAGAUGGAGGAGUUUAUUACUGUGUGGCUACAAAUGAUCUUGGUAAUCAGUUGUCAUCAUGGAUUCAUUUAAACAGUGCAGUCUCCUCUCUACAAUGGGGUUCAGCUGUUGGAGGGAUCAUUGUUGUCAUUCUCAUCUGCACUGCUCUCUGUGUUUGGUGGUUUAAGUGGAAACAUCAAACUCCACAACAGACUCAGAGUCAAAGAGGUGAAGAGCUUUCUCUUCAAAUGCCAGUCAGCACAAGUGAAGAAAACAUCCAUUAUGGAGAGAUUGACUUUUCGAAGAGGAGACCUGAACCGUCCUCUGACUCAGUGCAGGACAGUGGACAGCAGCAGGAUUCGCUGUAUGCACAGGUCAAAGUGUCUGAGCCAUCAAACAGAUUAACUCACACUGCUGAUGGUCCAGAGGAUCUCUACGCUCAAGUGAAGAAAUAAUAAAUGAGUACUGUUUUGUGAUCACACUUGGGUUGGAUUCAUAAUCUACCUUUAUUUUGUAAUUUUACCACAUGUUUUAUGUCACUUAAUGAAGAAAGUAAGUGGAGACUAGACAGGAAAAUGUUUACUGCUCACAGUUAAAAGGAAACUCCACACACUGCAGCUCAGAUGGUUUUCUCAGUAAUCACAUUAUCAUAGUUCAGAUUUAUGUACUGACCUCAUACAGCUGUUACUGUGUGGUUAGUAAUCUGCUUGUGAGAUAUGUGCAAGAAAAAGUCUCAAAGCUCUGAAUAGGAACUAAUCUUAAUGACAUGAGAAUGAAUUAUAUUGAACUUGACACCAGAAGCAGUUCUGUACACACAUUACCAGUGUAGUCCAAGAUUAUAUCUACUUUUGAAAUGUUUAUGUUUAUUUUACAUUUUAUUUUUAAUAAGGCAUAUUGAUCUCAUUUGCUUUAUCUAUUGUGUAUCCCAUUUUCUUACAUAUUUACUAUAUUACUUCUAAAAUGAACAUGAGACAGAGUUUCUGCAUUUGAAGAUAUUUAUUCAUUGCACUGUAAUAAAAACGUUGGCAUACAACUUGUAAAAAUA